CCAGUAGCGGGCGAUGUUGUGUUGUUAUUUUUACUGCAUCUGAAAAUUGAAGCCUCGAACAGUUUAGCUAGCUUAAAUUGUGUUUUGUCCCAUUCCCCGCAUCACCUAUGCAAAGUUAAUAGGUCUGCUUGUCACAAGUUGAUUAUAGCCCCAGUAAUGGACUCAGACGAGGGUUAUAAUUAUGAAUUCGAUGACGAAGAAGAAGAAUGUAGCGAAGACAGCGCCGAAGAGGAAACCGAGGACGACACCCUGGAGCUCGGAGAUGUGGAGUUGGUCGAUCCUGUUGUCGCUGGCGGAGAGCGAGACGAGUGUGGAGAGACCGGGGGAAGCGGUCACGGGCCUGGUCAAGAUGAGGAGGACUACCGAUUCGAAGUGCUCACAGCUGAACAGAUACUUCAGCAUAUGGUCGAGUGUAUCAGAGAGGUCAAUGAGGUCAUCCAGAAUCCUGCAACCAUUACAAGAAUGCUUCUUAGUCACUUCAACUGGGAUAAGGAGAAGCUAAUGGAAAGGUACUUUGAUGGUAACUUGGACAAGCUGUUCUCAGAGUGUCACGUAAUCAACCCCAAUAAGAAAUCUCGGACUCGCCCCAUGAACACAAGGUCAUCUGCGCAGGACUUGCCAUGUCAGAUCUGCUUCCUAAACUACCCCAACUCGUACUUCACCGGCCUGGAGUGUGGACACAAGUUCUGCAUGCAGUGCUGGGGGGACUAUCUGACCACCAAAAUUAUCGAGGAGGGAAUGGGACAGACCAUAACCUGUCCUGCUCAUAGUUGUGACAUUUUAGUGGAUGACAACACAGUUAUGCGCCUCAUAACAGAUUCAAAAGUCAAGUUGAAGUACCAGCAUUUAAUCACCAAUAGUUUUGUAGAGUGCAAUAGACUGUUGAAGUGGUGUCCUGCCCCUGACUGCCAUCAUGUUGUCAAAGUCCAGUACCCUGACGCCAAACCAGUGAGGUGCAAGUGCAGCCGUCAGUUUUGUUUUAAUUGUGGUGAGAACUGGCAUGAUCCUGUCAAGUGUAAGUGGCUACGGAAGUGGAUCAAGAAAUGUGAUGACGACAGUGAAACAUCGAACUGGAUCGCAGCAAAUACCAAGGAAUGCCCCAAAUGCCAUGUGACCAUCGAGAAAGACGGAGGGUGCAAUCACAUGGUGUGUCGGAACCAGAACUGCAAAGCUGAGUUCUGCUGGGUCUGCCUGGGCCCAUGGGAGCCACAUGGGUCGGCCUGGUACAAUUGCAAUCGCUACAAUGAAGAUGAUGCGAAAGCGGCCAGAGAUGCGCAGGAGGCGUGUGCUCUGCAGCGCUCCAGGGCCGCUUUGCAGAGGUACCUGUUCUACUGCAACCGCUACAUGAACCACAUGCAGAGCCUGCGGUUCGAGCACAAGCUGUACGCCCAGGUGAAGCAGAAGAUGGAGGAGAUGCAGCAGCACAACAUGUCCUGGAUCGAGGUGCAGUUCCUGAAGAAGGCGGUGGACGUGCUGUGUCAGUGCCGCUCCACGCUCAUGUUCACCUACGUCUUCGCCUUCUACCUCAAGAAGAAUAACCAGUCUAUUAUCUUCGAGAACAACCAGGCUGACUUGGAGAACGCCACAGAAGUGCUGUCUGGGUACUUGGAGCGAGAUAUCUCCCAGGACUCGCUGCAGGACAUCAAGCAAAAAGUACAAGAUAAAUACAGAUACUGUGAGAGCCGUCGAAGAAUGCUGCUCCAGCACGUCCAUGAAGGCUAUGAGAAGGACCUGUGGGAGUACAUAGAAGAUUGAGGUCACAUUCCUGAACCAUGGACUCCUCGGUUUCAUCACAGACUAGAGCGCUGAUGCAAUUAAGAGCGCAGGCUGGCCCUCUGCCAGGACCACUCACGGUUGCAUCCUUUUCCCUUUUUUCUUUAACUUUAAAGUAAAUGAUAUUGAUUACAAUGGUAUAAUUGUGUAAUACAGUAUUACUAAGAACUGAAUCUGAGAAUGCAGAACACUGACAGACAUUCUCUUCUGGUUUAUAAUAUAACUCACCUUAAAAAAAAAAAAAAAAAGGUCUUUUUUUUCUCAUCUUGUAGAGGUUUUGAUCAUCUUUUAUAUUUGUGUGAAAAUGUUUAUGGCGCAGAUUAACCCCCUGGGUCCAUAUGGUAUGAACAGGAUUUUUAUUCAUAAGAUAUUUUGGUUAAAAAAAAAUCAUGAAACGAAGGAAAUUGACAAACUGAUGGCAUCAUCAAUCAGGCAAAUCUGUAUUUUUCCAUAUGCAUGGAAGUUAUAGUGCAAGAGUGGCACGUAUUAACUCUGAAAUUCUUUACCAAUAUUCAAAGGAGAGGUACUGGAUAUUGGCAAUGUAGUUUGAGUCUGCUCGACAUUGGAAUCCUGAGUGGAGUGUGGGAGUAAAUGGUUGGCAGCAAACCUUCCGAUCACCCUGCAGAGACAAAGCUGUGCUGAAGGGAGUCAGGUGGCUGAGCGGUUAGGGAAUUGGGCUAGUAAUCCGAAGGUUGCUGGUUCGAUUCCCGGUGUGC